AGGAAGCAAAGCCAACAUUCAGUUCUCAAUUCACGCAUCUUUAAAUGUGGAAGCUCAAAUUCGAUUUGCUUUUAAGAAUAUUUUCCCUUCGUGUUUCGUCUCUGCCCCGGAUUUUGAAACAUUCAUUUCUAGUGAAACCUUUUUUAUUCGUCAUUUUGCGACAAAUGGUCCCAUCGACCCAAUACUCGACCUACAUUCCUACAUUCCCACAUUCCCACACAUCCACAUCAACGUCAAAAUAUAUACAUAUAUAUUAUUAACUGCAAGGAUAAUAAGAGUGUUGUUACACACCGAUCCAGUAUGAGCAAAAUCUCGGUGCUCACAUACACUUGGGUUCACAAAUCGAUUCUUAGUAUUUAAAUUGCUGGAGCAGCAAUGCAUCUUUUCCUGCAUGUAACAGUAGCUACCCGUCUACCUAACAAAUCAAGUGGCUCUUCAAACCAUUCGGUCAUAUCUAUCGACUCCUUCACACACGCAACACCUACACCGCUUCUUGAUGGCGAAUUCAUACUCUUGAAUGGACACAAAGCUACAAUACCAUGCGGAUGAGGAGGUGAGAGGAAAUUAUUUCCUCGAAACGGUAGAUCAUCAGACCAACAACCAACUAAACUGAGCUACGGCAGCAACUGUUCGACAUUCCUAUUCGAUGUUUAUUUGUACUCGGUCAACAAGGAGCAUGAUUUUUGACUCGGAGCUUUUUAUGCAAACAUACUUCCUAGCUUUUCCCUUUCCUCCAUCCACUCCACAUUCAGGAGGCUUCUGUCACGACAUUGUUUCCUUACCACCGAUAAAUGAAUUCGCAGAGUUCAUGCAUGAUCGUCGAUUUCAGUUCCUGCGAAGUCCCAAUGGAUCACGAUACAACGUUUGUAGUACUGCAUCCUCUCGGUCAGGUCUGAAAAGCGUGAUAGCAGGCAAAUUGAUUACCCGGGGCAGUACUCGGAAAACGAACUUCAAUAUUAUCGUCACUCAUAAAUGCAAAGCAUUGACCAUACGCAUAUAUCCAAUUGCUAAUCAAAAGUAUAAAUACAUUCGCCACAGGUAUAUACCGUGGCGGAUGAAUAGAUUCAGGAAAUUUGGUUAAGCUUCGUACCCCAUACCCCGCACUUACCAAUGAUUUUGCUUAGUUAGCAGCAGAGCCUCAGCGACCCCGCUUUUGAAUUCGAACCACGGCAUGCAAGACGAAGAUCUCAGCGG